AUGGUUCUGAGUUAUUUCGGUGACGACACGCUGGGAGAAAAAGGCGCUACCUGUGAUGCAGGGCGGGACACCGACUACAUAGACCAUUUUCACGAAGGCGGUCAGAGACAUUUUCACGAUGACUUCCUGGAAGGCUUGUCGCAGAAGGCUCUUUCUGAGUACUCCAAAAUUGUUCAGAGAACAUCACAAACCAUCGAGCAAAUGGAGAAAGCAUUGGGACGUUGGGCGAAAAAGUAUGGUGUUGAGAAUAAAUACAAAGCUUCCGUUGAGGAGCACAAAAGGCAACAUGAAGAAUUUGAACGAUCCGUCGAUAAACUGUUGAAAGUACUCGCCAAAUACUUCAAAGAAUACGUAAAGCUUGUUAAGGACAAGAAAAUGACGAUAGACGGUUUAUCCCGCAAAAAUCUAGCGCUGUUCAACAAGCUGGAUGAGAAGCAGAAACAUGUUGUCUCCUUCAUAGUCGAAAACUAUUUGCUGAAUUUGGAAGGAAUUCCAGGAGACGAUGAAGGCUGCACAGGAGACUGUGGAGGAUUCGGAGGAAGUGGUAGAGGAUAUCCAGGAGGUGGUGGAGGAUAUCCAGGAGGUGGUGGAGGAUAUCCAGGAGGUGGAUAUCCAUAA